GUUUGAGAGUUUGCAGAUAUUCAAACAACUCUCAAUCCCAUUCCUUUGUUCGUCUCUCGGAUUUCGAAGAGCUCAAAUUAGGGUUUUUGGAAUUUGGAUUCUUCUCCUUGGGGUAAAUAAGUCUAAUCCCCACCACCGGUAACGUGGAGGAGAAUGAGGGAUUCGGGUCUGAUGAUGCCGGCGGAGAUUGCUGGAUUUUUAACGACGGCGAUUACGAGUUGGUGGGAUGAUGUUAAUGAGUCAACUCAGUGGCAAGAUGGGAUCUUUUUCGCUCUUUGUGGUGCUUAUGCUCUUGUUUCCGCCGUUGCUCUUGUUCAACUGAUAAGGAUCCAAAUGAGAGUGCCUGAGUAUGGUUGGACCACUCAGAAGGUGUUUCAUCUUAUGAACUUUGUCGUCAAUGGAGUUCGUGCGGUUCUAUUUGGAUUUCACAUGCAAGUUUUUCUUGUGCAUCCCAAGGCUCUUUGCUGGGUACUAUUGGAUCUUCCAGGCCUUCUCUUUUUCUCGGCAUACACGCUCCUUGUGCUGUUCUGGGCAGAGAUAUAUCACCAGGCAAGAAGCUUGCCAACGGAUAAGCUGCGGAUAACCUAUAUUUCCGUCAACGUGGCUGUAUAUUUGGCUCAGAUUGGUAUCUGGGCAUACAUCUGGGUAAAUGAUAACAGCACUGUGGAGUUAGUUGGAAAGAUAUUUAUCGCAGUUGUAUCUUUCAUCGCCGCAUUAGGCUUCUUGCUGUACGGAGGAAGGUUGUUUUUCAUGCUAAGAAGGUUCCCUAUCGAGUCAAAAGGAAGAAGGAAGAAACUCCACGAGGUUGGAUCUGUGACAGCGAUAUGCUUCACCUGCUUCCUCAUAAGAUGCGUUGUGGUGGCUGUAUCAGCUUUUGACAAGGAUUUAACGCUUGAUGUUCUUGAUCAUCCGGUUCUGAACUUAAUCUACUAUAUGGUGGUUGAAGUACUUCCAUCGGCACUAGUCCUCUUCAUUCUCCGAAAGCUACCUCCAAAGAGAAUCAUACAAGAAAAAGCAAUUUUGCCACUGAUGGAUCCUAUGGAGUCGUCUAGUGAACAGGACAUUGUUGAAGAGAGUCAAAAGCUGGUGGACUCAUUGGACAAGCUUCGUGUUAGUGCUGCGAGUUCAUCUUCUAAUUUCAAGAAGAAGCCUAUCAUUAUUAUUGUUGUUGGAAUGGCAGGUAGCGGAAAAACUAGCUUCCUUCAUCGCUUGGUCUGUCAUACUUUUGAUUCAAAGAGCCGUGGGUAUGUGGUGAAUCUUGACCCUGCUGUUAUGUCUCUACCAUUUGGUGCCAACAUUGAUAUAAGAGACACUGUUAAGUACAAGGAAGUUAUGAAGCAGUAUAAUCUGGGGCCUAAUGGUGGGAUUCUCACGUCACUCAACUUGUUUGCUACUAAAUUCGACGAGGUUGUCUCUGUGAUUGAGAAACGUGCAGAUCAGCUUGAUUAUGUCCUCGUGGAUACCCCUGGUCAGAUUGAGAUCUUUACAUGGUCUGCUUCUGGGGCUAUAAUCACUGAAGCUUUCGCUUCAACCUUCCCCACUGUUGUCACCUACGUGGUUGAUACUCCACGUUCCUCGAGCCCAAUCACUUUUAUGAGCAACAUGCUCUACGCUUGUAGUAUUCUCUACAAGACUCGCUUGCCUCUUGUCUUGGCUUUCAACAAAACCGAUGUGGCAGAUCACAAGUUUGCUUUAGAGUGGAUGGAAGAUUUCGAGGUCUUUCAAGCAGCGAUACAGACUGAUAACUCGUACACGGCGACCUUAGCUAACAGUCUUUCCCUUUCACUCUACGAGUUCUACCGGAAUAUAAGAUCUGUUGGUGUUUCUGCAAUCUCUGGUGCUGGAAUGGAUGGCUUCUUCAAAGCCAUUGAAGCAAGUGCUGAGGAAUACAUGGAAACUUACAAGGCUGAUCUUGAUAUGAGAAAGGCAGGACAAGGAGCGACAGAGACUGCAACAGAGAAGAUGAUGCUAGAGGAGGAUGACGAGGACUUUCAGGUUGAAGAUGAAGAAGACAGUGAUGAUGCCAUAGAUGAGGAUGAUGAAGAUGACGAGAUGAAACAUUACUACCUAUGAAUUAAACUCGAGACCAAAUCGUUCAGACUUAUCAAGACGCUUUCACUUGCUUUUUUUGCGUCAUUCCCUUGUUGUCCCAGUUGUGUAGUUAAAACUUAAAACAUAAGAAUUGAAUCUCGUUGUGAGACAUUGUCAAAUGAUCUAAUGACUGAACUAUAAACUAGAACUUUGAAG